AUGACUAAUGUAUCAACACAUGAAAAAUGCGAAUGUAUUAUGUGUAAAAAUAAUACUACAACAAUGAGUGUUGAAGAAUGUCUUAAUGCUCAUCAUAGAUUAUCUUUAAAUGAAUUAAUUCAUUUUAUCGAUUUAUCUCUAUCGAAAUGUGAUGAAUUACGUGAUCAAAUCGAUGCUAGUUAUACAUCAUCAUGUUCAAAUAAAUAUCCUCGUUCAUUAAUUAUAUCACUACUUAAACUUUACUCAUCAUUUCAUCCUCAUGAUUGGCAUAAAUAUGAAUAUUGGAAUACAACUGAUACUUAUACAAGAAAUCUUAUAGCUCAUCAUCCAGAUCGUUUUACAGUAAUGCUUGUUUGUUGGAAAGGUGGUUCAUCACCUAUUCAUAACCACGCUGGUAGUGACUGCUUAAUGACUAUUGUACGAGGUGUCGUACGCGAAAUAAAAUAUCAUACACCAAAUACUGAACAUAAUAUCGAGAAAUUAGAUAUCAAACAAAUAAUGGAAUUACACGAAGGUGAAGUACAUUUAAUUAAUGAUCAAAUUGGUUUACACAAAAUGGAAACAUUAAAUGAAAAUACACAAGCCGUAACUCUACAUUGUUAUAUUCCUCCAUAUUCCGAUUGUUUUACUUUCGAUUCAGAAGACGAUAAAAUCAAGAUAAAUAUCACACAUACAACAUAUGAUACAGAAUAUGGAAAAACUACUUAA